AUGACCCUUUUAUUCCGAUCCAAGUCUUGUCGACUCGGGUGCGACUCAGUUGACUCGCCCCCGAGUUCCUCUGUUUGGGAAGAAGAAGGAGAAGAAACAGAGGAAGAAGAAGAAUGGAAUUAUGAAGAUGAAUUUGACCCAAUAUCAACGCCAUUAAUAAGCCCAGGUUUUGAUAAAAAUGGUAGGAGAGAGAAUGGAAAUGGAAAUGGAAGUGGGCAGUUUCCAAUUCUUACGUUUAUGGCGGCGGCACUUAGAAAAUCACUGUUAAUGACUUGUAGUGUUGAGAGAGAAGAUAAUGAUGUUUCUUCCUUGGAAAUUAGUUGUCCAACAAAUGUUAGGCAUAUUUCUCAUGUUACUUUUGAUCGUUUUAAGGGAUUUCUGGGUUUGCCUGAUGAAUUUGAGCCUGAUAUUCUUCAAAGGGUUCCUAGUGCAAGUGCGAGUGUAUUUGGUGUGUCUCCUCAGUCAAUGCAAUGUUCUAUUGAUGAGCGAGGGAAUAGUGUGCCGAAUAUACUUCUUAUGAUGCAAAAGCGCCUAUGCGAGGAAGGAGGCCUUCAAGCUGAAGGAAUUUUUCGAAUCACUGCUGAAAAUAGCCAUGAAGAGAGUGUUCGGAGUCAAUUAAACAAAGGGGUAGUUCCACAAGCAAUUGAUGUCCAUUGUUUGGCAGGAUUAAUAAAGGCCUGGUUUAGAGAACUGCCAAAAGGAGUGCUUGAUUGUCUUACACCAGAACAGGUAAUGCACUGCAAUACAGAAGAUCAGUGCACUCAACUUGUAAAAUUGCUUCCGCCAAUGGAAGCUGCACUCCUUGACUGGGCCAUCAAUUUGAUGGCAGAUGUCGUGCAGUAUGAACAUCAUAACAAGAUGAAUGCACGGAAUAUUGCCAUGGUCUUUGCGCCAAACAUGACUCAGAUGGCUGAUCCAUUGACAGCAUUGAUCCACGCCGUACAAGUGAUGAAUUUCCUCAAAACAUUGAUUGUGAAAACCGUCCAAUCAAGAGAAGACGCUGCAGAGAAUGCAAGGAUGUUGUCAUCAUGUUCCGACACCUCAAACACCCCUACCAGCAAUCCCCACAAAUCCGUUUCAAUAGGAGAAAUGAUUUUUGAGAAGGACAACACAGCAAGUUCUUGUAAUCAAGUGCACAGCAAAGAGUUUACGAGAAGUGUCACUUUAGACCGACUAGAGUUCAGUCCUGAAAGAAAACAUCGAAAAUCUCAAAAUAAGAACAUUGAAGAUAAAUCAUGUGGCUCAAAUGCUCGUGACAGUUCUCCUGUUAUGGUUGCCGAGUCUGAAGAUGAAGAUAGAGAAGUGGAAGGGAUAUUGGAAAGAUUAAACUUCAAAAAGGGGGUGAAAAAACUUUGCAGGCAUCCUGUUUUCCAGUUGAGUAAACCUACCAAAAAAACAGCUGAAGUUGGGAUUGUAAAUAGUAGAUGAGAGACAAUAAUCACUACUCAGUAUAGUGUGUGACCAUGACAAUAUAUCUUACUGUAGGAUUUGCGUACAAAAUUCUUUAAUUUGUGGUGCUUUCUUCUAGUUUCAUUUUUUGUGAGCUUGUUUCCAGUAGGAUCUAACCCAAGGGUUUUAGGUUAAUAAUCUUAGUUCAUACUACUGUGUUGUAACCUGGUUGUUCCAUCAUACUUGUGAUUUUUAUUACAUAUUAUAAUCAAUAACUGUUUAUCAGAAUUAUAUUUUCUUUUA